UGGUUUCAUCACAACCUCACUGGGAUACAGGCGGAAAAUCUACUGCUGCAAAAAGGUGUCGAUGGAAGUUUCCUGGCACGACCCAGCCACAGCACGCCAGGCAGCUUUACGCUUUCCGUCCGACGCGGAGACGAUGUGACUCACAUACGGAUCCAAAAUACGGACGAAUUCCUUGACCUGUACGGCGGGGAAAAGUUCGCUACUUUGUUCGAAUUGGUGACCUACUACAUGGAAAACGAAGGCCAAUUGAAGGAGAAAAAUGGUGAUCUCAUCAAGCUUAAACAUCCGCUCAUCUGUGAGGACCCGACCACCGAAAGAUGGUUUCAUGGACGAAUAACGGGUAAGGAGGCGGAGAAAAUGCUGUUAGAAAAGGACGUGUAUGGAUGUUUUCUGGUGCGUGAAUCAGUUCAUCGUCCAGGCUCAUACGUGUUGUCGGUACUCACGAGUAGCUCACAGGUGGCGCACAUCAUGAUUCACGGUAAACCCAACGGGAUGUACGAUGUGGGUGGUGGCCAUCAGUUCUCCAGCCUAAAAGAUCUGAUCGCUUUCUACACAAACACACCCAUGGUGGAGAAAAGUGGCGGUUUGGUCUCGUUAAAGCAGCCAUUCAACGCUACCCGGUUCAACGUGUCCACAAUCGAUGAGCGUAUGAGACAGUUGGAACAGGAAAAUGGUCACGGUAGUGGUUUGGCCGGUUUCCUUGAGGAAUUCGAAGAGUUACACCAAGAAGCACAUACAAAGAGCAACUCUCGCGAGGAAGGUUCGAAAUACUACAAUCGGGAUAAAAAUCGCUACAAGAAUAUCCUUCCUUACGAUCGAACUCUCGUCCGAUUACGGGAUGGUGACCCGAAAGAACUCGGCUCUGACUACAUCAAUGCUAACUAUAUCUGUACUCAUCACACACAUCCCCCGGUUUUGGAACCCGCCUCACUCACAAACAAUCCNCCCGCCUCACUCACAAACAAUCCAUCGAAUGGGAAUGCUCACCUGACCAGCGGUUGGUCCCUCGGUUCUGGAUCCAGUGUCCUGACUGCCGGGGGCACUAAUUCUUCAGCGGCUUUCUUUUUCAACGGCAAACCGCGCUAUAUUGCCACACAGGGUGUUCUACAAUCCACGCAAGAUUCAUUUUGGCGGAUGGUCUGGCAAGAGCGUAGUGCAGUGAUAGUCAUGAUCACCAAGAUUGUAGAACGCGAUAGGAAUAAAUGUGUUUGCUACUGGCCUACCGCUGAAGAAGGUGAACGUAUUUUCCACACAUACGGACAUAUUCUUCGAGUCAAACACGUAUCAGAACGGAAUUCCGCAAACUAUACUCUCCGUCAAUUGUUACUCACGAAGGAGCCUGUUACAGCUCAGAACAGCUCGUUGGAAUCGCCCGAGUGCGCGGAACCCUCACCGCUUAAUCGAACCGGACUUGUAGCAGGUGAUCACGUUUCAGAGGCCAAUUCCGGGGUUGUACCACCAAAUUCACAGUUGGGAUCAAUAGCUUCUUCGAGGCUCAGCGCAACAACCGAUGAUUCUAAUGAAGAAAACGGGUUCACAGUUUACCACUACCAUUUCACUGUGUGGCCAGACCACGGCACACCGAACGAUCCUUCCUGCGUACUGGAUUUUAUGCACGAUAUUUCUGCGAGACAAGUAAGCAUCCCGUUGGUUUCUCACUGA